AUGUCGGACGAAGAGGAAUACUACGAUGAGAAUGGUGGUGGUCAGGAUGAUCAAGGAGGAGAUGACUAUGGAUACAGCGGUGACGAUUUCGGUGGUGGUGGAUAUGACGAUGGAAAUCAAUAUGAUCAAAAUCAAGGAUAUGAUCAGAAUAAUCAAGGAUAUGGACAGGAUUACGGUAACCAAGGUUACGGUAAUCAACAGGAUUACGGUAAUCAACAAUAUGGACAAGAAGGCGGAGGAUACGGUCAAGAGUAUCAACAGAAUGAUUAUCAGGGCGGUGGCUACGACGAUCAGGAGCAAUAUGAAGAGGAGCCUGAAGAACCAGAAGAAGAAGCGGAAGAGGAUCCAGAACCAGAAGAUCAAGAAGUCGAUGAAUCCGAAGAAGAAGAAGACGUCGAGAAUUCAGAAGACACUCAACAAGAAGAAGAAGAAAAAGAGGAGGAUGAUGGAUACACUCAAGUCGCUGCUCACACAAAUCAAGCUUCCGAUGGAAAUGAUGGAAAUAAUGCCGAUCAUGGACUCGGAUCGCUUUUUAAGGGAGCAAUGGACGGAUUCGGCGGUGGCGGUUUCGACGGUGUCGUCGGAUCGAUCGGAUCUUUGAUCUCUCAAGGGGGCGGAGACUCGACAGGAGGUCUGACGAACGUCUUCUCAUCAGGAGGAAUGGAAUCAAUCGUCGGAAAUUUGAUCUCGUCAGCCACUCAUCAAUUCUUUGGAAUCAAUCCAUCGACUGGAGCAAUUAUCGGAGCAAUCGCCGGAAAUAUAAUAUUCCAAAUGGGCGGUCAGAAUAAUUCGUUGAGUUCCAUCGGAAAAGUUGUACUCGAUAAUAUUAUUUCUGGAAAAUUCAAACGAGACAUUCAACCGUUCACUCCUGGGGGUACGGUACCUGGAUUAGGAUUUCAGCAACAAUUUCAGACGAUUAAUUUCCAACAAGAGAGGCAUAGAUGUCUCGAACAACGCAUCUUGUUUGAGGAUCCACAAUUUCCGGUGCGUCCUGUGGCUUCUUUGCUUCCUGUAACUCCACAUAGAGCUUACCGAGCUCGAUAUGGAGCUGAGUUGGCUCAUCGGCGGGCUCCUGGAGCUUUUGAAUUCUGUCUUCUGGUGCUUGACGGUCUCCGCUUUGCUCCAAUAUUUGGAUUUCCAGAUACUUUGAGUAGAGCUCCUGAUGCUCCUUGA